CUCUCUCGAUAUCACCUCUCAAUCUCUUCUGGGAUUCACCGUUAUCUAUCCUCUUUUACCACUACCCCCAUCCCUCGAGUAAAUCCUUUCAACCGUCCGCACUUCCCUCGCGAUGCCACCUAAGCGGAACCCGUAUUCUCGCAAGAGACCGGCUGUGAAGCCUGCUGGUGGCAGCAGAGCCGGAAAUGCAAAGAAGCAUAAGUCCACCCACAAAGAUGAAGGCCCAUCGAAUAAUAGGAAAGUCGCGAACGGACUGGACUGGAGUCUCCCACCCAUCACAAAUGUCGAUGCUGCCUUCAAGGACCUAGUGGGACGCCGCAAGGAUUCUUUUGAUCUCAUUGCUGACCACGGAGGCUUUCGUCUCCGAAUUGCUACUAUGUGCUCCGGCACAGAAGCUCCCAUCUUCGCGAUGAAAAUGCUUCAAGACUCUUAUGGCCGAUCCAACCCCGGAAAGCAAAUUUUGGGAUUCGACCAUGUCUUCUCUGCCGAGAUCGAGGCGUUCAAGCAAGCCUACAUUGCCAGAAACGCCGAAGGCAGUAUACUAUUCAAUGACAUGAGAGAUUUCAUCCGCUCUGAAGAUGGAAAAGCCCCCACCGCAAUGGGUGCGGUAGAGACCAUUCCCGGAGAUAUUGAUGUUCUCAUUUCCGGAUGCUCCUGUGUCGACUUCUCCAAUCUCAACACGCAGAAGCGAAAGGACUUUCUCCAUAACCUCUGCGAAAAAAAGGUCUGGAAUGACCACGACUUUGAGGAGACCAAAGACGUAGUUGAUGGAGCCAUUAAAGAGGCUAUCAACGACAAGGGUAAAAUGGGACAGUCAGGGCAGACGUUCUUUAGCAUGCUCCACUAUGUUAGAGAGUAUACACCCAAGGUGGUCAUACUCGAGAAUGUCCUAGGCGCACCGUGGUCGGUUGUCGAGAAGAUGUGGUUCCCCGCCGUGGGCUACAGCGCCACAUACAUGCAUCUGGAUACCAAAGAUUAUUACAUUCCCCAGACACGCCAGCGCGGUUAUCUUGUGGCUUUAAGCCGGGAUGCCUUUGGAGAAGACUCCGCGCGAGAGAUCCUCGACGAGUGGAGAGAGCUUGUCAAGAAUCUCGGCCGAAGGGCCUCUGCUCCGAUCCUCUCGUGGCUGCUUCCAGCCGCCCAUCCUCUAACAGAGAGGGCUCGUCAGGACGACUCCGAGAAGGCAUUGAUGCCCAGAAAAGCCGACAGCGACUGGAAGAGAAGCAAGGUUCGCCACGCGCGAGUACGGAAACAAGAAAAACUCGGUAACGAGCGCCCGUUGACCCAAUGGGGGUCGAGUAACGGGCACAAACGACCGUACGACCGCAUGGACCGUCUGGUUCUCCUGACCCAACCUGACCGGGUCCUCGACUGCAUUGAGAUUUUCUAUCUUCGCGGCCUCAAGUCAGGUCUCCAGAUUGACGGUCGACGAUAUAAAUUUGAUAUGCUCUUCAAAAGCCGAAUCUACGAUCUCAGCCAGAAUAUAGACCGAAAUCUCGGAAGCGUGCCGCUUGGGAUGGCCGGCUGUAUUACUCCUUCGGGAAUCCACUGGGUCACCGAUCAAAACAGGAUCCUGUCGGGUUUCGAGACAUUGGUCAUGCAAGGGCUGCCGCUAUCACGGCUCGAUUUUGCCACGGAAACCCAGGACAACCUAAGGGAUCUUGCCGGCAACGCGAUGACCACCACUGUAGUCGGUGCUGCCUUCAUCUCCACGUUAAUCGCAGUGGACAGACAUUAUGGAAGCCAGACCGACACCAAAGCCGACGGCUGGAUCGGACCCUUCCCUACGAUUACCUCCUCCUUCAACUUUGGUGUGAAGGCUCAUGCCCCUAUUAUGGGAUUUGAAUGGAAGAGCGUUGCAGACUUCAGCACAACUUCUGCUUCGACUACCGAUAUUCCGUCCUUAUACACGUUGCAUAAGAGAUGUCGACGUUACUGUUUUUGCAAUAGAGCAGCAAAAUACAGUACUGUUGACUUCCGUCGAUGCACGGUAUGCUCUACUAUCCGAUGCCGAUGGUGCUCGGGCAACCCGGAACACUACGUCGAAUACGCGAGCAGGCCACCAGACUUCCUGCUGCUGUCCGAGGUGGAACACAAGGUAAUGUCAUACUUGCCGAGCACCAUCAUAAAGUCGAUCGUAAUGGAAUCUACACCGAAUCAACCUCAAUACCCUGGACCAGCCAUUAUCGGGGACUCGGCAAUCAUGACUCAUCUCGCAUCGGCAGUAUUCUAUUACCACCACAUACACAUAACCGAGAUUAUCACCGUCUGCUACACCGCAGAAGGCGGCCUUGAGCUGAGGGCCGUGCUGUCUGAAGAAGGCCUCACCUGGUAUAUGCACCUCGAUGCCUGGGGUGAUCUCGGAAGGGGCUUCAGGGCGGCCCAUGGCAUAACCAUAACUCAACUGGCACAGCCUGUUGCGAAGGCAAGGCUAGACCCUGCCUUGAAGUUCACCUUGCCAACGAACGAGUCCUGGAUGUUCUGGUGCUUCAAGGCCAUACCAGUUGAGGUGGAAGUCUCGAAACAACACGGCAACGACCAACUGGAAAUCGUUACGAUUUCAACGAGAGAAGAAGUAGACAACCUCGGAUUCUAUCCCGAAAUUAUGGAACUCAUGCCCUCGAUCUGCGGUUUAUACGAACACCGACGAAAAUGCGACGCCCCCGAAAAGAGUCUUUAUGUAAACUCCCUCAAUGAGAGACGUUUAUUUCUGUUCAAGGACACAACCAGGACAGGAAUGCCAAGUCAGGAUAGCUGGGUUGUUUCGCACGACUGCCGUCCGUUAGAGAUUCACGAAUACCGAGAAGUCCUGAUCAAGUUUGCGUCUGGUGUCGAUCUCCAUGAGGGGGCUAAGGCGACGACUGUGAAAGCUACCGUCGACGGGUUUUGGAUGCCACCGCAGGCUUUCAAACUUGUCCGGGGUCCCGAAAAGUACAGCGAAAUCCUACGAGGAGUCGAAAUGCUGAAGGUAUUACAAUCCAAAUACAGGCUGGUCAAGCCUCUGGAUCCAGUGCAAUGCGUCCUCAUGGAUGCUCGCAUCGCGCGACACUCAGUGUGCGAUACAAACGAUAUAAUCAAGAAGUAUAGGUACCUCGCAGAGAACGAGACAGACGACGGUUGGGUGACCGUGGAGCCAUUCGAGCUUCACCACCUAUAUGACUUUAUCUCGCAUUUGAAUGUUAAAGUGGCCAAUAUCGAGGAUCUGAAGGUCUGCUUUGAGAUGAUGGAUGCUGCCGCCUACAACGAGUCGAGGGAGACUAAGUCCUUCUAUAAGGGAGCCCCCCCGUCAUUGCCACAGAUCCGAUGGGUUCGAACCGGGUCCAAAUAUAUUGCCCAUCAUCACUCGCAUGAGAUCGCAGCUUUUGAGAGCGAGAUGAAGGCCCAGCUCCCCCCUUUCGAAGUGAGAGUUCAAGUCGUGCCACAUCCGGCUGUUCCGCCGGACAUGUAUACCGUUUCUAUACGGUAUCUGGUGAAUCCCAAGGGCCCAGCCUACAAGGCCCUUUCGUAUUUACCGCAACGAGACGAAAUGGGAGUGGAGGUUCAUGCCUACACUCGAGUCGAAACCAACGUUGUGACGUCCGAAAACUUGCAGAUACGUUCAGAAACUUCCGGAGGGGAUACGAACAGACACACAUUCCAGCCGUUCUUUAAGUCGUUGCGCGGACUCCCCACUAAACCCCUUGCUGAAGACUCUCGAAUGUCAUCAUUCAACGGGAAAUUGAGUACGUCACAAACACGAUCUCUUGGGUGGAUGCUCUCGCGCGAGAGGGGUUCUCCUGUCUUCACGGAACAUGAGAUCGAGGAGUCGAUCGAGCCUCAUCUAAAACUGCGACUCGUCGGUUGUGCCCAACGCAAGAUCUGUCGCCGUGGAGGUGUCCUCGCAGAUGACGUUGGCUAUGGCAAGACGGUAGUGACACUCGCACUGAUCCACUGCCAGGAAGAAUUCGACAUGGCAGAAUCUAUCGAGCGACGGGCCGCCGAAAAUCCGCACUGUAGACACCUCAAGGCGUCUCUGAUCAUCGUGCCCCCCCAUUUGGUCGACCAGUGGGCUGAACAAGCCGUCAAGUUCGUUCCCGCCAGCGAAAGACACAUAGUUACGAUAAAGACCGUGUCGGACCUGGAGGACGACAGGGAAAUGUCGCUGCUACGACGGUUGGACGACGCUCGACUUAUCAUAGUGAGCAACGAUAUUUUCGGCCAGGUAGACUAUCACUUCAACUUGGCCAAGAAUGCGGGAUGUCUCGACCCGCCCUUCGAACUCCUCCAGGAGCGCGGAAAAACCAAAGGCAGAGCGCUCCGCGACUGGUACAAAGAGGCGCUAUCGACCGCUUCCAAGUAUACAAGUCGGCUAUUGGUCUUGAAGGAAAGCGAAUCCGGAGAUGAAGAGGGCCUCAGGGAACUGCAUGUGGACAUGAGUGAAAACUUUGAUGUGCAGGUGCGGAUUCAAUCCAGUUUCACGGAAGACUUCAACAAUAAUCAGCCGCAUCGGGCGCCUGAAGGCAAAGCCUCUGAAAGAUCUCGAGACGUUAAGGGCAAGGGUAAGGGUAAAGGACGAAAGGAACCCUCGAAAGAGGUCGAUAACCCCGAGAACCUCGACGACGAGGAUAACGACGCUACGGGUCAAAGCCCAAAGCUCACCCAGAAAUUCCCCUCCGAAAAGGGUAUCUCAGACAGCUUCACCCAUAUUUUCGAGGCUUUCAGCUUCGCCCGCGUGAUCUACGACGAAUUUUCCUAUGACAAUUUCCCGACGGCGCUCUUCGUCCAACAUUCUCGAGCUUAUUCGAAAUGGGUUCUGUCAGCGACACCGCCGACGAGAAACCUCGCGGCGGUGUGCGGUAUCGCAGAUCUUGUGGAUAUUCAUAUCGCGCGACCGAUGCGCCGUCGUCUGGGGGUCCCCCGGAUCACGCAAGGACCCGAGCUUGGAGAGCAGAGCAACGCCGAGAGGCUGUUGGCCCACAAGGAAUUUUCGUCUGACCAGUGUAUACGCGAGCGGCACGAGAAAGGAGAGGAGUUCCUCCGAGAAUUCGCCACGUCCAACCCCUUAGACCGGGAUCUCGCCGGUGGCGUCACGGUUGAAGAGGUGGUGAUCGUCUGCGAGAUGAACCGCAACGAAUCCAUCCACUACCUGGACCUGCAGCAAGAGUUACGGGCCUGCGGCUUCGAUGCCGACCUGCUUCCUGGCAAGUCUCGCGCCUUGCUAGCCCCUAUAAUUGGUCACCAGUGGCACGGCAAUGGAAGGGCCGUUGGUACGAAGGCACUUCUCCUGCUCGCGUCGCUGGGGAAACGGGAAGAAUCACAACAGUCGGAAUCUCUCCUCCUGAGUCACCGCAAGUUUCUCCUCCGGAGCGCUCUGGCCACUUUGAAGGCAAACGCGGACAAAGUGAUCUGGCUUUGUAACCGGAUCCUUUCCCACGCGAAGGAACGCCAAUUCGACAACGCGAAGAGUGUCAUAGGCGACGUUUGCACACUGUUCAGAGGAAUCCUGGCCGGUGAUACCGCACAGUGCGGCGGAAUUCACCCUUGGGCAUGUAUACAUAACCAGGUAUUUUCCAGGUCACCCAGGACCGACGACCAGCAGGAUACAAAUACCCCCUCUCCCCGACCGGAAUUCGUUCUUAAGCGCGACGCGGACUUCCUCCGCGCUCUCAAUUACAUGAGGUCCACGCCUUGGACCUCAUAUUACAAGCUGAAACCCGAUCAACUCAACGAUCUGGGUGAGAACGAGGCACUAAACCUAGUGCUAGACGUCUGCCGCGUCUACGGGGACCAACUCCCCGGAUUGAAGGACAAGGAGCCUCGAGACGCCCUGCGGGGCCUCGUCGAGAACGACGAGGCCGAACUCACCGUAGCGGCGAAGGCUCACAACGAUAAAAUGACCAAGGGGACGGCGGCGAGCGUCCCCUCAUUUUACAACACAAUCCGCGGAGAGGCGUCCAACGUGAGGAAGACCAAGGUCUUCUUCCAAGAGCUCUGCCGUGGUGCCGGCAUCCUCUUCGACGACAGCGAGAAGGUGGACGAGCUCUCUCGUCGAUGGGAUUCGCACAAGGCCGGCACUUUAGACGAUUCCGACUACGUUGGUUUCGACGACUGCCGGCUGCUGAAGCCCGAGAGGUUCCCCAUCUUCGGCAGGGAGGUGCAAGCUCGCGGCGCCAAGUUCACGUGGUCCGGGAACGACGUCAGCGACACCUCCCUGCAGCUCCGAAAGGCUCUGGAUCAGGUCGUUUACGCCCUGAAACAGAAGAGGAUCGUCGAGAACCUCACUUCCUGUGAGAAGGAGGGUCGGUGCGAUGGGUGUGGCCUCGUCAAGCCCACCCAGCGGCUACACUUUGUCCCGGAGUGCGGCCACCUCAUCUGCGCCGACCAUCUCCACGCUGAGCUCUGCGGUGACUUAGGCCCCGAUGGCCCGACGCGGUGCCCGUCGCAGCUUCGCGGUACGACGAUACCGAUGUCGAAGCUGGGCGGCGCCCAGCGGACGCUGGACCCGGACAUGCCGGGCCGGCAGCCCCCGCCUCCCGCUCCCCCAUCUCGCGCAACCGACGACGGCAGCCUCGCGGCGCUCAGCUCGAAGUCUCAGAUGAUCGUGGACACGAUCAGACGAAUCCCAGACGACGAGUUCGCGUUGCUGUUCGUGCAGUUCGACCCGCAGAUGGAGGAGCUCAAGCGGGCGCUCGACCUGGCCGGGAUCGAGUACACGACGGCGCCGGUGGGGGCGGCCGACCUGAAGCCGCUGGACGACCUGCCGCGGCUGCGGGUCUCGGACCUGCGGGCGCGGUGCGGCGAGCGGGGCCUGCCCGUCGACGGGGCGGCCAAGACGCUCGUCCAGCGGCUGCGGGACUGGCAGGCGCAGCAGGAGCGGCGCGGCGUCGCGGCGGCGGCGGCGGAUCCCAAGGUCCGCCUCCUCAAGCUCAACGACGCGACGUCGGCCGGGACCAACCUGCAGUACGCGAACCACGUGCUGUUCGCGAGCCCGCUGCUGGCGGGCACGCAGGAGGAGUGGGACGCGUACACGCGCCAGGCGCGGGGCCGGUGCGUGCGCUUCGGGCAGCGCCGCACUGUGCACGUGUACCACUUCGUGGCGGCGGGCACGAUCGAGGUCGACGUGCUGGAGCUGCGGCGUCGGGCCCGGGUGCGCGUCGCGCCGGGCCGGGCCGUCGGCGUGCUCGAGUCGUGCCCGCCCAGCCGCCUGCAAGCGACCGGGGAGGACGCCGAGGACGGGGAUGCCAAGCAGGACGACGACAGCGUCAGCUCGACGCUCGGCCAGCAUGACGUCUGGAGGGCCAUGAACGAGCAGAAUUGGCUCACCACGGUGGGCAUCGAGUAUUGACGCGUCGUCGUCUUCGCCUUCGGGUUUUGUGCGGGGUAUCCGCGGGGUGGUGGGAGGGACAAGGUAUGUUUUGUCUCUUCGGGGCAUGGUACAGGCGGCUUUGGGUGAUGAGGCUAACCGAGCACGCUGUCUAGGGACACAAUCUGUUGCAUAGGGUGGUUGGGGAG